AUGGACUGGCUCAAGCUUACUCGAACUCAUCCCGAUCUUGCAGGUCUAAAAGGACAGUCAAACAGGAGACUUAUAUUGAUGGAUGAAGUUAGAAAACACAAAUUAGAAGGCGAAAUGUGGACGGUAUUAAAAGGCCGUGUUUACAAUAUAUCACCAUAUAUGAAGUUUCACCCUGGAGGUGUUGAUAUGUUGAUGAAAGUCAUUGAAGAUAGAACAGUUAUAUUAUAA